GCAGCAUAUAAAGAGAUGAACACGACUGCUCAAUAUGAGACUCAUCACCACGCAUUCGAAUCCUUUCGCUACGCAAACUGCUGGAAAUUCUCGAUUCCUCAUUAAGAAUGGUUCAUCGCUACUCCGCUCUAGCAGGCCUGCUGGCUACCGCAGCUGCAACACCACUUUCCAUCCGGAAUGACGCCAACCAGACCAUGGUACGCAGCUUCAAGGAUAUCCCCCCAUCUACGGAUCUCAAAUACGUUCCCUGCUUCGACAACUUCACCUGCGCAAACAUCGAAGUGCCCCUGGAUUACGAUAACCCCGACGUCGGCACCACCAAUGUCGCCUUCAUGAGAUAUGACGCUCCCAACCAGCCCGCCAUGGGCGACAUUAUCUGGAACCCAGGAGGCCCUGGAGACUCGGCUAUUGAAUUUAUGCUGGAGGCCCUGGAGAUGCUCACGUUCCUCCUCGGCGACUCGUACAACAUCGUCGGCAUGGAUCCGAGAGGCGUAAACAACAGCGGUCCGAACAUUGACUGCUUUGCUGGGCAGCCCGCGCUACGCGACUACUACCUCUUAGAGUUGUUCAACAACAUCGAUCCGCGGAGUCCGAUAUUGCUCGAAAAGUACUAUCAAGACUCUGGCGCCUUUGGAACGUGGUGCUCUCAGACUCUCAAUGCAUCUGCAAACUACGCUAAUACGCCAGCCACUGCGACGGACAUGCUGCACUAUGCCGAGCUACUGGCAGAGAGUCAAGGCCAGUCGCCUGAGGAAGCGAAAGUCCACUAUUACGGCGCGUCGUACGGAUCAGCUCUCGGGACGACUUUCGCAUCGUUGUACCCUGACCGUGUCGGGCGCUUCAUUAUCGACGCCGUGCUCGACGUUGAGGACUACUAUUUCGGCAACUGGUCUCAGAACUUGUUACAAGCGGACAAAGCUGUCGAAUCUUUCUUCCGCUUCUGCUACGAGGCCGGACCCAAGUGUGCGUUCUUUCGCAACGAUUCCAGCGCCGAUUCCAUCAAGCAGCGCUUUGACGCCAUGCUCGAAGACCUGGAGGACAACCCAAUCGCGGUCACGGACGUCAACUUUGUGCAAUUCCCUACCACUGUCACGCAUAUUGACUUCCGUGGCUUCCUUUUAAUAUCCCUGUAUAAUCCCCCUGCGCUUUUCCCCUCAUUGGCUGGCAUAGCUGCCGGCCUUGAAAACCACAACGGCACCCUCCUGGCAUUAGCGACUGGAAAUGGGGUCAUGCCAUCAGCGGAGUGUGAUGGCACCAGUCCGGAAGUUAGCUCCGUCCAACCGAAGUUGCUGAUUGCUUGCAAUGACAACAACAAGCGCUUCACGGUUACCGAGGAGAACGUCACUGCACUUUUCGAGUAUGACAAGCAGCUCAGCACUUAUGUUGGCGACAUCUGGCCCGCCGUCAUUGUACCGCAGUGCCGCAACCUGGACUUCGCUCCUCCUGAGAACCAGGUCUUCCAGAAAUUCGAGAAAGUGAAUACAAGCACUCCCAUCCUCUUCACAGAUAACGUCAUCGACCCCGUCACCUCGAGCUACGAAAAGAUGUCCGCGUUCUAUGAGGGCUCCGUGAUCCUUUUACAGGAUGCAGUUGGUCACGGUCUAGUGGUCACCCAGGCGGAAUGCACCGCCGGAUAUGUGCAAAAAUACUUGCAAACCGGGGAGCUUCCUCCACCAGGAACAGUGUGCGAUACGCAAUUCGAGCCUUUCGCGUCCACUACUUCAGCGAAGAAGCGCGGCCUUGCACCACGUGGUAUUCCCAAUAUUCCGUUCUAAUCACAAGUCGGAAUGAGCCUGUGGUUGCAGCGUGUACAUAGCCCGGCCGCUGGCGAGUUUGCGAGACCAGCGUUUGGUCUGCGUAUCGAGCAGGUAGGAUACCUUUAGACAUCUGUAUUAUAAGAAAAUCGCUCUUCUUUACCCUCCGUCAUUCUUCUGUGC